CAUGGUGAAGCUGGCAGCCAAGUGCAUCCUGGCAGGAGACCCAGCAGUGGGCAAGACAGCCCUGGCACAGAUCUUCCGCAGCGACGGUGCCCAUUUCCAGAAGAACUACACCCUGACGACAGGGGUGGAUUUGGUGGUGAAGACGGUGCCAGUUCCCGACACGAGUGACAGUGUGGAACUCUUCAUUUUUGAUUCUGCCGGCAAGGAGCUGUUUUCUGAAAUGCUGGACAAACUGUGGGAGAAUCCCAACGUCUUGUGUCUCGUUUACGAUGUGACCAACGAACAGUCCUUCAACAACUGCAGCAAGUGGCUGGAGAAGGUGCGGUCUCAGGCCCCCGGGAGCCCCCUCCCAGGUGUGCUCGUGGGGAAUAAGACAGACCUGGCUGGCCGGCGGGUGGUGGAGUCAGAACAGGCCCGCGCGUGGGCACUGGGCCAAGGCCUGGAAUGUUUUGAAGCUUCAGUGAAGGAGAUGGAAAACUACGAGGCCCCGUUCCACUGUUUGGCCAAGCAGUUCUUCCACCUGUACCGCGAGAAGGUGGAGGUUUUCCACUCGCUGGUGUGAAGGGAUGGGGCGG